UUGCCGCGUCCCUUCAGCUUUCCUCUGUCUUUGGGAGAAAACAGUGCCAGAGGAAUUAUUUUUGCCGCUUCAAGACACAGGAGGAUGAAAGUCAUCACUUGCGAAAUAGCCUGGCACAACAAGGAGCCGGUGUACAGCCUGGACUUCCAGCAUGGCACGGCCGGGAGGAUCCACAGACUGGCGUCCGCAGGGGUGGACACCACUGUUCGGAUCUGGAAGGUAGAAAAAGGACCAGAUGGAAAGGCCAUUGUGGAAUUCUUGUCCAAUCUUGCUCGCCAUACCAAAGCGGUCAAUGUGGUGCGUUUUUCUCCAAAUGGGGAAAUUUUAGCAUCAGGAGGAGAUGAUGCUGUCAUUCUGUUGUGGAAGGUGAAUGAUAACAAGGAGCCAGAACAGAUAGGUUUUCAGGAUGAGGAUGAGGCUCAGCUGAAUAAGGAGAACUGGACUGUCGUAAAAACCCUGAGGGGCCACUUGGAAGAUGUGUAUGAUAUUUGCUGGGCAACUGACGGGAAUUUAAUGGCUUCUGCCUCUGUGGAUAACACAGCCAUCAUAUGGGACGUCAGUAAAGGACAAAAGAUCUCAAUUUUUAACGAACAUAAAAGUUAUGUGCAAGGCAUAACCUGGGAUCCUUUGGGUCAGUAUGUUGCUACCCUAAGCUGUGACAGGAUCCUGAGGGUGUACAGCACACAGAAGAAGCGUGUGGCUUUUAAUGUUUCAAAGAUGCUGUCUGGAAUAGGGGCUGAAGGAGAGGCAAGAAGUUACCGGAUGUUUCAUGAUGACAGCAUGAAGUCGUUCUUUCGUAGAUUGAGUUUUACUCCUGAUGGAUCUCUGCUCCUCACACCAGCUGGGUGCGUGGAGUCUGGUGAAAAUGUAACGAAUACCACUUAUGUUUUCUCCAGGAAAAAUCUUAAAAGGCCUGUUGCUCAUCUUCCGUGUCCUGGAAAAGCGACGCUUGCUGUUCGCUGCUGUCCCGUCUACUUUGAGUUGAGGCCGGGGGUGGAAACAGAUGCAGACGGACCCCCACAGGAGGCAGGUGUGGAGCUGGUGAGCCUGCCCUACCGCUUGGUGUUUGCUGUGGCAUCCGAAGACUCUGUGCUCCUGUACGACACCCAGCAGCUGUUCCCUUUUGGUUAUGUGUCUAAUAUACAUUACCACACUCUGAGUGACCUUUCCUGGUCCAGCGAUGGGGCCUUCCUGGCCAUUUCUUCCACGGAUGGUUAUUGUUCAUUCGUGACAUUUGAGAAGGAUGAACUUGGAAUACCUUUGAAAGAGAAGCCAGUUUUGAGCGUGAGAACUCCUGAUACAGCAAAGAAAACUAAGAGCCAGACACCCCAGGGGUCUUUGCCAGGACCCAGGCUGGCAGAGGGAACCCCCACCAGCAGAACCCAAGACCCCAGCAGUCCGGGUACACCCCCCCCUCAGGUGAAACAGUCUCCAGCCUCAACAGCGGCCAAGGACACCCCUGGGACUGCUCCCAGUGCCAGAAGCUCCUUGCCAGGAUCUUCAGAGGAGAAGAGCCUGCAGCCCAGCAGUCAGAAUGUGAAAGCCCACCCGUCCCGGAGGGUCACUCUGAACACACUGCAGGCCUGGAGCAAGACCACACCCCGGAGAAUAAACUUAAUACCCUUAAAGACAGACACUCCACUGAAUUCUGUACCAAACAGUAUAAUUUCCACCUCUGCCACAGAAGAAGUUCAAUCAGAGAUGCCUGGAGACCCUCAGGGCAGUCCUCCGGAGCCAAAGCGGCCCAGACUCAGUGAACACAAAGAAGGCCCCCAGGGUCAGGACCCUUGAGGAGACCUGUCUUGUGCUUGAAGGCUGCCAGAUCGUGACCUGGGAAAGGCGUUUCAAGUGUAAUAACAAGUCUUUGAAGUAACUCCUGAUAUGUAUACCCUUGGUCAGCAUCCUUGGCAGGCCCGAGGAGAAAUGCCUGCUUGGGAGAAAGUCAGAGCAGGGUGUCCACCCUGCAGGUCUUCUUUUCCCCCACGGCUCCCUCUUCUCCCCAUCUCCUGCCACCCACCAAGUACCUGGAGCCGGCAGCACCAUGCUUUCCAGCCUGGCUGUGCACCAGGUCACCUGUGGGACUUGACAAACAAAACAAAAUAGAACCAACUCAAGUCUAGGCUUUGUCCAGACCUGGGAAUCAGCUUGCAUGGAUGGGAGAGACACCCAGCUGGGCACAUGCAUUUAAACACACUCUCAGAUAGGGGCCUGCCUGGUGGCGUAGCGGUUAAGUUCACACAUUCCACUUCAGUGGCCCAGGGUUGGCUGGUUCGGGUCUGGCUAGGUGAGCUAGUGCUGAGCUAGCACUGCUCGUCAAGCCACGCUGUGGUGGCAUCCCACAUGAAGUGGAGGAACACUGGCACAGAUGUUAGCUCAGUGACACUCUUCCUCAAGCAAAAAGAGGAAGAUUGGCAACAGAUGUUAAAACCACUCUGAAAGAUUCAAUGGGCAGCCAGCACUGAGAACGACUGGUUGGAGAAUUGUGAAGUCUGCAAGAUAAACCAGUGAUGGGCAGUUAAAAUACUUCUGAGUUUACUGAUUUCAUCAAGAACAUCCAUAUUCAAGUGUCCAAGAGGAGGCUGAACCUUGAAGAAAACUUUCCCACUUGGCUCAAACGUCGCUCUGCUUCUCCCCGGAAGUCAAAGGAAUGAGUGGAUGCUGUGUUAUUGAAGCCGCCCCCAAACCUAGCUCCCCACAUGGGGUCCUGCCUCAUUGUGAAUGGAGGUUAGGGAAGUGAUGAAUUUGCAUUCCUAAUGGGACGAGUACUCGAGUAAGCCACUUGGGGGCGAUGUUGCUAGCCCUUAACUCCACCAUCACGUUUAUUAACUAACCUAAUGUAUUUUUAAUGAAAGGAUUUUUAAUCCUGUUGUUACGGAAGUAGUAUAUUGUCUCUUGCAAUACAUUUUUCAUGUUUAUUACUUUCUAUAUAAUUAAAUGCUAUUUUGUUGU